UGCGCAUUUCCGGCGCCGCCGCCGCCGCCGAGGGGAGGCGGGCGGGCUGCAGGGAGGAGCCGCGCCGCCGCCGCCCCCCGCCCCGGGCCAGCCCCGGGAUGGUGUUGGCCGCUCCCGCUGGGCCCUGACUUCGCGCUCAGGUUGAAGAAGCAGUAAUGCUAACUCUAGCAAGCAAGCUGAAGCGGGAUGAUGGCGUCAGAGGACCCCGUACAUCCAAUCCAGCUUCCGAUUCAACUCGGAGAGUAUCUGUUCGAGAUAAAUUGCUUGUUAAAGAGGUUGCAGAACUUGAAGCUAAUUUACCUUGUACAUGUAAAGUGAAUUUUCCUGACCCAAACAAGCUUCAUUACUUCCAGCUAACUGUAAUCCCAGAUGAGGGCUAUUACCAAGGUGGAAAGUUUCAGUUUGAAAUUGAAGUUCCUGAUGCCUACAAUAUGGUGCCUCCAAAGGUAAAAUGCUUGACAAGAAUCUGGCAUCCGAACAUUACAGAGACAGGCGAAAUCUGCUUAAGUUUAUUGAGAGAACAUUCAAUUGAUGGCACUGGCUGGGCUCCAACUAGAACAUUAAAGGAUGUUGUCUGGGGAUUAAACUCUUUAUUUACUGAUCUUUUGAAUUUUGAUGAUCCUUUGAAUAUUGAGGCUGCAGAGCAUCAUUUGCGUGACAAGGAGGACUUUCGGAAUAAAGUUGAAGAUUACAUUAAGCGCUACGCGAGAUGAUGAAGGGCGAUGGAUGGCAGGACCGAGGCUUUCGCACUGUCGAGUGGUCUUUAACUUCAGCAGCAGCAGCAAAACCAGCCCGGAUUGUACUAGUCCUGUGUCCAUGUUGUACCGAAGAAGAAAACUAACUUCAUAACUUGUCCAUGUCAAAAGGAGAGUUUGGCGUAAACGCAGCGAGAAAUUGUGUAUGUUGGUUGAAAAAGUUGUUUGCUUACUUUUAAAAUGUUUACUCUUCCAAACUGUACUGUAUAUCCUGUUGAUGAGAUAUGCUUGAGAAGUUAAGAGAAAUCACUAUUGAAAUUGUAUUUACACUUUUUUUUUUUAAUUCUUCUUGCCUAGUUUGGAAAAAAAAAAAAAAAAAAAGAAAGAAAAGAGGUGGUGUGUUUCUGGAACACUUCGAGUUGGCAAUAAAAUGGUCUCUUGUGUACCAAAUCCGCAAUAUACCGUUGCCUUUGAUGAGCGGAAACGAUCUGAGCUUUUUCCAGAAGUCACUGGAUGAAGGCUUAAAAAACUUGCCGGAAGGCAAGUAAAAGAUGAAAUUCUACUUCUGGUAUUGAAAUUCUGAUUAUACUUGAUGUCUGUACGUUUUUGCCACAGCUUUGGAAUUUUUCUUGUUGGUAUUUUCAGCUCCUCUUUGGGCCACAGUAUUUUUCGUUCCUGCUCAUUGUGUGAAGUAGUUAAAAGAAAUGUAGGCUAAUCCCGAACUUAAGCAUCUGUGUAGUUUUAGUAAAAUUGUGUGUGUGUAUGUAUUUCUGUGAA